CCAAGUAUAAUCAUAACCAUAUUAUAAAUGACCUAAUCGUUGUACACUACACAUCUUUAGUAUUUCUUGAAGCAAUUCCAAGAUAUGUUCUUUUGGCUCCCUCCUUCCACAUAUUCUUUGCAGGUUGAGUAGAAUGAAAUUAUCAAGCACCCAAAGUGUUCCUUUCUUACUAGUAAUUAACAAGUUAUAACAUUUUGAAAACUGAAAUCACAUUUAAACACACAUAGUUCUUCUCGCUCUUUCUCAAACCCUAAACAUGAAACCUUCAUCACCAAUCUCCUUUACCUCUUCUUCCCUUACUCCUUCACUUCCUAGAAAACACCGUCUCUCUCCUUACCUCUUCACACUCUUAAUCUUCAUCUUCUUCGUCUCGGUUCUCUAUGGAGAAGAUUUCAUGUGCAUCUUUGGCCAGCUUGAGCCCACUUUUGCCCUCCGGCCCUCACCAUCAGCUGAGAAGAACAAGAAACCACAGAAGCUCGCGUUUGCUAUCGGUAAAACAGAGGAAAGCUGUGACGUAUUUAGUGGGAAGUGGGUGAGGGACGAAGUUACCCGACCACCGUACGAGGAAUGGGAGUGCCCGUACAUUCAACCUCAGCUUACGUGUCAAGAACACGGCCGUCCCGACAAAGACUACCAGUUCUGGCGGUGGCAACCGAACCGCUGCGAUCUCCCCUCAUUCAACGCCACGCUAAUGCUGGAGACAUUGAGAGGGAAGAGGAUGAUGUACGUAGGAGACUCGUUAAACCGUGGAAUGUUUGUAUCGAUGAUUUGUCUUCUUCAUCGUAUCAUCCCCGAAGAUCAAAAAUCCAUUAAAACUUCUGGUUCCCUCACUGUCUUCACUGCCAAGGAGUAUAACGCGACGAUUGAGUUCUAUUGGGCACCGUUUCUUCUAGAAUCGAAUUCAGACGAUGCAAUUGUUCAUAGAAUAUCAGAUAGGGUUGUGAGAAAAGGCUCAAUUAAUAAACAUGGUCGUCACUGGAAAGGCGUUGAUAUAAUCGUCUUCAAUAGUUAUCUCUGGUGGAUGACUGGCUUGAAGAUGAACAUCUUGCAAGGAUCGUUUGAAGAUAAGGAGAAGGUUAUCGUAGAGGUAUCGACUGAAGAUGCGUACAGAAUGGGGAUGAAGAGCAUGUUGAGAUGGGUGAAGAACAAUAUGGACCGUAAGAAAACUAGGGUUUUCUUCACAAGCAUGUCUCCGACUCAUGCCAAGGGUAUAGAUUGGGGAGGCGAACCAGGACAGAACUGCUAUAAUCAGACGACACUUAUAGAAGAUCCAAACUACUGGGGAUCAGAUUGUCGGAAAAGCAUAAUGAAAGUGAUUGGAGAAGUGUUUAGGAGAUCGAAAACACCGAUAACGCUACUAAACAUAACGCAAAUGUCGAACUAUCGGAAAGAUGCGCACACGUCGAUAUACAAGAAGCAGUGGAGUCGGCUUACGGCGGAGCAGCUGGAGAAUCCGACGAGCUAUGCGGAUUGUGUACAUUGGUGCUUGCCUGGACUUCAAGAUACUUGGAACGAGCUCCUCUUUGCUAAACUUUUCUAUCCUUAAUAUGAGAAAGAAACGAUACCGUUUUGUCAUUUUUAAGCUUGGAAAGAGGCCUUGGCCUAUUCAUUGAAUUUAUAUCUUCUUGUUGUGGGCUCUGAGGUAUGUGGCCCAAAAGAAGAAGUCGGCUCUAGUGUAAUCUUUGGGAGUUCAUAACAUUACGCAUUUGAUUAUGAUAGUUUAUAGUUAA